CUGCUCCUGCACCUCUCCCGUUAUCACUCUCACCCACUCAGCAGCAGCAGCAUGAACUCCCACAGCAACGGGAAGGUCAGCGCCGGCGUGGAGGACUUCCACCGCAACAACGGCUUCAGCGACCUCAUCAUCGACUCCAAGAAGUCCGCCGUGGUGCUCCGCAAGCACGAGACGUCCCGCAAGGCGGCCGAGGACGAGUCCCGGCUGCCGGCGCUGGUGUCCGCCUACAGCAGCAUCCUGCAGCAGCUGGGCGAGGACACGCACCGGGACGGGCUGCUGCGCACGCCGCUGCGCGCAGCCCAGGCCAUCCAGUUCCUCACCAAGGGCUACCACGAGACCGUGCACGACAUCCUAAACAACGCCAUAUUCGAUGAAGACCACGAGGAGAUGGUGAUCGUGAAGGACAUAGAUGUAUUUUCUCUGUGUGAACAUCACUUGGUUCCCUUCUUUGGAAAGGUUCACAUCGGGUAUAUUCCAAACAAAAAAGUGGUGGGACUGAGCAAGCUGGCAAGGAUUGUGGAGAUCUUCAGCCGGAGGCUCCAAGUUCAAGAACGUCUGACGAAGCAGAUUGCCAUGGGGAUAACUGAGGCCCUGCAGCCAAAAGGCGUAGCUGUGGUCGUGGAAGCAUCGCAUAUGUGUAUGGUGAUGCGUGGUGUCCAGAAGAUGAACAGCCGCACAGUGACGAGCACCAUGGUGGGAGUUUACCUCGAGGACCCCAAGACCCGAGAGGAGUUCCUGACUCUUGCGUUGCGCACCUGAUAAACCUCAAACUCCAUUCAGUCCCGGGUCCUGGCAUGUAGUACCGUGCACAAAGCUUUGGAGUGACUGUGGGUCCUCAUGUGACUUUACUUUUAAAACCACACAGAUCAGUAUUAGAAGACAUAAAGUUGCAGCAGGACCUCCAGCUCUUGAGUUACACUCAAAACACAAAAGCCUGUAAGAUUUCAGUCCUGUGGGAAAAAUCCUCAGAUUGAAAUCAAUGUGAACACAAGAUACACACUCGUGCCUUUUGUAGAUAUUUUACAGUCUUACAUGUCAUUAUAACAUAUGAAAGCUCAAUGCAAUAUUGUAAUGUGACAAUACUUUUGAUGGUAAUUUAAUCUGUGCUUUUCCAAAGUGUCACUUCCAUACAAUAUUAUUGUAUUUAAAACCUGAAGAUUUUUUAAAUUUAACAAACUAUGUGUCAUUUAUAAAUACAUUUUUAAAAUAUUUGUCUUGUAUAACAUUUUAUGAUACAGGUCAAAGUGUUUGUAUCGUACUGUAGUCCAAAGACUAGAGAUGAUGAGUGGAUGAAAGAUCAAUAACAAUGGUAUCAUGUGUUCUGAAGAGUCUUGAA